UUUACAUCACCCGCGCCGAGCCCCAGCCUCGCGCCAGGCGCCCACGAGACACUCGCAGCUGAAGCUGCGACCGUUCGCCACGCGUCCGGCUACUGGGGACGGCGACCACCCGGAGUCCACCCGGAUCCCCAGCUCAGUCGCGGCGCAGCGGGGUCCAGUCCUCCUGGGCCGCCCAGGCGACUUUGAGCUCGGGUGGCAGCAGGACCCCAGGGCUCGCGAGGGCAAGAUGCGAGUCACCCCUCUGGCUACCCCUGCAGAUUCUCACUCCAGGAAAAAGAGGCUGGAGUUGGAUGAUGACCUCGACUCUGAGUAUCCCAGACGGAAACAAGCUCGAAGUGGGCUCCAGCCCAGGCUGACCCCCUGCCUGCUGCCCCUGAGCCCGCCCCCUGUUCAAGCCCCCACCCCUGGUGUGACCACUGCCUCCCGGCUCGGGCCCUAUGUCCUCCUGGAGCCUGAGGAGGGCAGCCGGGCCUACCGGUCCCUGCACUGCCCCACAGGCACAGAGUACACUUGCAAGGUGUACCCCCUCUCUGAGGCCAUGGCUGUCCUGGAGCCCUACUCCCGGCUGCCCUCCCACGGGCACGUGGCCCGGCCCACGGAGGUCCUGGCGGGCACCCAGCACCUCUACGCCUUCUUCCCGCGGCCGCAUGGGGACAUGCACAGUCUGGUGCGCCGGCGCCGCCGUCUGCCCGAGCCCGAGGCGGCCGCGCUCUUCCGCCAGAUGGCCGCCACCCUGGCGCACUGUCACCAGCACGGCCUAGUCCUGCGAGAUCUCAAGCUGCGGCGCUUUGUCUUCACCGACUGUGAGAGGACAAAGCUGGUGCUAGAGAACCUGGAGGAUGCCUACGUCCUGACCGGGCCGGAUGACUCCCUGUGGGACAAGCAUGCGUGCCCAGCCUACGUGGGGCCCGAGAUCCUCAGCUCACGGGCCUCCUACUCCGGCAGGGCUGCGGAUGUCUGGAGCCUGGGCGUGGCACUCUUCACCAUGCUGGCUGGACACUACCCCUUUCAGGACUCAGAGCCUGCCCUGCUCUUUGGCAAGAUCCGCCGAGGGGCAUUUGCCCUGCCUGAGGGCCUCUCGGCUCCUGCCCGCUGCCUGGUCCGCUGCCUUCUUCGACGGGAACCAGCGGAGCGGCUCACGGCCGUGGGCAUCCUGCUGCACCCCUGGCUUCGUGAGAACCCGCUCCCCUCAGUCUCAUCCCGAUCCCAUCUCUGGGAAGCUGAUCAAGUGGUUCCUGAUGGGCCGGGGCUGGGGGCGGCUGAGGAAGAGGAAGAAAGAGAAGUGGGUCUGUAUGGCUAGGGCCACUUGAUUAGACCCUCAGCUGCAAAUAGUAGGUUGAGUUUGGGGUGUCUCUGAGCUUCCUCUUGCCUCUUUGAACAGAGCCGAACCUCAAGUGCCUUCUAGCAGGGGAGGUGGAGGGGGCGUGUGCAGCGUGGGUAGAUGCACACGUGUGUCACCCCGCCCGCCUGUGUACAUGGUGAUGCAUUCAACACUUGGGAGCUUGUGUGCCCAGCCCUGCUCCAGGUGCUGAUCACACAGCAGUGAACAAGAGACAGAACUCCUGCCCCAGAGCUGACAAAGUCAGUGUCUCUUUGGAGAACCCUUGCGCUCGUCAGCACCUACUGGUGCUGGUGCCUGGGCGCCUCUGACAUGGGACAGGUCCUUUCACAGACACCCAGCCACCUUCGUAUCUUGCCCCCUUCUGGAGAAUGGGAGCAUCCUUGUGCCAAAGGCUCCAGGCUUCUGCCCUGCAACUUAGGGCCCAGAGCCAGGCUAUGCUGGGGAUUGCACUCUGCAUCUCUGUCCUCUUGGUCAAGGGAUUCUCUGUCCAGCCUGACCAAGGGUUUGAGCCCAAAGAAUCAGGAGUGCAAUCUCUGGGGCUGGUCCUCAUCCAAGUCAAGGGAUGACUGGAAUGCCCAGUGGUCUCUGACCUGAGCACAGAAUUAGGAGACAGGAUUGUGCAGGGUCUGCCCCGUGGCCUCCUGGAAUGUCCUAAGCCCUGUUCUGGGGAGGUUUGGGGCCCAAAAUGCCAUAUCAUGGGUUUUGAUGCCACAAACAUGUGUGUUUACUUUACCUA